UUCCGUCACCACGGGGAGGUGGGAGGGGGUCUCUACCCGGGACCCGGGCCGAGGGUCCAAUUCCGGGCGCCAGCCAGGGGCGGGGCCUGCCUUGUUUUGCUCCGAGGGUGCCCCGGGAGUGGGGUAGGGCCCGGUGCGCCUCUGGGCCGAGGCUGCCACCUAGGGCCCGCCUCUCGGGCGCGAAGGUUGAGGGGAGGGCAGGUGCAGCAGGAGUUAUUCCAUUGGAAAGAGAAAGUAGUUCGUGGGCGGGACCUCGAGAGUCGGGGUGGGGUCUAGGCCGUCCGCUUGCCCCGGACGUGUAAGACCGGGUGCCAGCGGUCACUGUGUCCUGGGGCUACGGCAGUCCAGACUGCCGUGGCCCCGGGGCCAGGUAUGGAGUUGGCCUCUGAGAGAGCGUCUGGGCACUGUGGCCUGGUACCUCCCGAGGACUCCUGGAGGAGGACCGAGCAGGUCAGGCCUGGGCCUGGCCAACUCAAGCUCUCUCCGGCUCUCCCGCUCCUGGCGCACCGCCCACUUGUGGGCCUGGGUCCGCGGCUGCGGCCAGACGUUUUUGGCCCCUCCAUGGGGCCAAAGGCGCGUGGUGACUCUGGAGUCCCGGCGUCGGCCUUCUCCGCCCGCACUCUUCCGGCGGCCCUUGCCAGUGAUGUUUACGGCACACGGAGUUCUCCUGGAGGCAGCCAGUGACAGAGGGGUCAUUAGCUUCUGGAAUGCCCCGCCCAACAGGAGCCUGUCCAGGGUUCUCCCCUGCCCUCUGCCGGUGAAGCUGGUGCCAAUAUCAUCGAGGUGUCCAAGGAGGCCCGGAAGCGGUUCUUGGGGCCGCUACACCCUUCCUUCAACAUGGUGAAGACCAUCCGGAGCUGCCUGCUGAAGAGCCUGCCUGCUGACUGCCACGGGUGUGCCAGCGGCCGCCUAGGCAUCUCUCUGACCCGCGUCUCUGAUGGCGAGAACGUCAUUAUAACCCACUUCAAUUCCAAAGAGGAGCUUAUCCAGGCCAAUGUUUGCAGCACCUUCAUCCCCGUGUACUGCGGCCUCAUCCCCCCUUCCUUCCAGGGCGUGCGCUAUGUGGACGGCGGCAUCUCAGACAACCUGCCGCUUUAUGAGCUCAAGAACACCAUCACGGUGUCCCCCUUCUCGGGCGAGAGUGACAUCUGCCCGCAGGACAGUUCCACCAACAUCCACGAGCUCCGAGUCACCAACACCAGCAUCCAGUUCAACCUGCGCAACCUCUACCGCCUCUCCAAGGCCCUGUUCCCGCCCGAGCCCCUGGUGCUUCGAGAGAUGUGCAAGCAGGGCUACAGGGAUGGCCUCCGUUUCCUGCGGCGGAACGGUCUCCUGAACCGGCCCAACCCCUUGCUGGCACUGCCCCCCAGCCAGCCCCCUGCCCCCGAGGAUGCCGACGCAGAGGAGGGGGCAGUGGCCAUGGAGAGGACUGGAGGGAAGGACCACCCACCUCCGCCCAGGGAGGAUCACAUCCUGGAGCACCUGCCCUCAAGGCUCAAUGAGGCCCUGCUGGAGGCCUGCAUGGAGCCCACGGACCUGCUGACCACACUCUCCAACACGCUGCCCGUGCGUCUGGCCACGGCCAUGAUGGUGCCCUACACUCUGCCCCUGGAGAGCGCGGUGUCCUUCACCAUCCGCUUGCUCGAGUGGCUGCCCGACGUCCCUGAGGACAUCCGGUGGAUGAAGGAGCAGACGGGCAGCGUCUGCCAGUACCUGGUGAUGCGCGCCAAGAGGAAGCUGGGCAGCCGCCUGCCCUCCAGGCUGCCGGAGCAGGUGGAGCUGCGCCGCGCCCGCUCGCUGCCCUCCGUGCCGCUGUCCUGCGCCGCCUACAGCGAGGCGCUGCCCAGCUGGAUGCGCAACAGCCUAUCGCUGGGGGAUGUGCUAGCCAAGUGGGAGGAGUGCCAGCGGCAGCUGCUGCUCGGGCUCUUCUGCACCAACGUGGCCUUCCCGCCGGACGCCCUGCGCAUGCGCGCCCCCGCCGGCCCGGCCCCUGCUCCCCCGCAGCACCCGCCCAGCUCGCCCCCUUGCUGAGGGCCCAGGGCCCUGGCCUUCUGGCCCCGGGGCCCUGGGGCCCCGGUGCUGAGGGCUGCCCCCCCCCAGCGUCCCUGCCCGUGAGGCGGGGCCGCGGGGCCCCGGGGCCCGCUGAGCUCCCCUCCGCAGUCGCUCUCCACCCCACUGCAGACUGAGGAGCUGGGGGCCCUCACGCUGCCCACGGGGGCCUUGCGGUCCACACCCGCCGCUCAUUCGCCGCACUGAGGAUGGCCGCGCAGCCCUCCCAGCGUGGCCACAGGGGCCCCUGCCUGUGCGUCAGCCUCCCCUUCGGGGCCCGCCCCAGUGCGAGCGCAGUAUUACUCCUGAGAACUUCGCACCUGCUCCGCCGGCCACAGUUUUCCAUUUUCUGAAGAAUGUGCGUGAAGAAUUAUUUAUUUUUUGCCAAAGCAGAUGUAAUAAACGCCACGGCCCAGCCCUGCCUCCUUCACUUGUGUGUGGCUGCCACCCCCCAGUGUCGUGUCUGCAGCCUCAGGCCGGGGCUUCCCCGGGACCCUGCGUGCCUCUAACCUGGCACUCAGGGCCUGCCUGCCAGCCGUGGGGCUCCCCCUCGAAGCACCGAGGGCUUCCUAGGCUGCCGCCCACUCCGUUGGCUGGGACCCUUGGGCACAGCUUUCCAAGGGCCGAUGGAAAUAUUUGGGACCAAGAUCCUUGCAAAAUAAAAACAGAACUGUUUAGUUUAGAA